CUGUCAGUGUCAUAAGUCGAUAAUUUGAUUGAAUUUAACUAAACGCAAGUAGUGUUGGCGUUUGCGUUGACUAAUAUUCUGGUUUUAUUUAAAUUUUUUACUGUUGUUAGAGAUUUAGAUAUAUUUGUAGGGGUUUAAAGUAAAUAUGAAUCGAAGGAGACCCCAUGAAGAAGACGACGGCUAUGAGCGAUUACACAGAAAAAGACGCCGCGUGUCGGAAAAUCAAGAAAUAGAGGAUAGAUUGGAGUCGCUGAUAUUACGCGUAGGGGAAAAAAGCAGUUCUAGCUUAGAAAGUAACUUAGAAGGUUUGGCAAGCGUUUUAGAGGCCGACUUGAGCACUUUCCGUGUAAAGAUAUUACGAAUUCUUACAGAAUGUGCUAUUCGAAUGCCCGAAAAAUGUACUAUUUAUGCGACAUUGGUUGGUCUGUUGAAUGCUAAGAACUAUAACUUUGGUGGAGAGUUUGUUGAUUAUAUCGUGAAAACAUUCAAAGAAAACUUGAAGACGGGCAAGUGGAAUGCCGCCAGGUACUGUCUCAGGUUUAUAUCUGAUUUGGUCAAUUGCCAUGUGUUGGCAGCGUCAUCCCUUUUGACUUUGCUGGAGACUUUAGUUGACUGCUCCAAUGAGGAUAGCGUACCACAAGUCAGAAGAGACUGGUUCGUGUUUGCUGUGUUGUCAGCACUGCCGUGGGUCGGCCGUGAGUUGUAUGAGAAGAAAGAAUCUCAGCUUGAGCAUUUAUUGGUCACAAUAGAAGUAUUUUUAAAUAAGAGAAGUAAGAAGCACUGGCCGGCAUUAAAAGUGUGGUCUGCGGAUCUGCCUCACCUACAAGAGGAGUAUUUGGAUUGUCUAUGGGCUCAAAUUAAGAAGUUAAGGCAGGAUAACUGGUCUGAGAAGCACAUUCCUCGGCCAUAUCUUGCAUUUGACUCCAUUUUGUGUGAGGCUCUCCAGCAUACUCUUCCUACUAUACAGCCUCCACCGCACAAUGAUGGUGACUCAUACCCAAUGCCUCGUGUCAUCUUCCGCAUGUUUGACUACACGGACUGCCCUGACGGGCCCGUACUACCUGGAGCCCACUCCAUUGAGAGAUUCCUCAUCGAAGAGCACCUCCACAACAUCAUUGAAGCUUACCACUUGGAACGUAAAGAGUGUGCUGCUCAAUUACUCUGUUUUCCAUACAAAGCGAAGAUUCCACUAGAAUAUUGUAUUGUAGAAGUGAUAUUUGCCGAAUUGUUCAACCUCCCUCGGCCACGGUACCUAGAGAUCUGCUACGGGUCAAUCCUGAUUGAGUUGUGUAAGCUGCAACCGUCUACAAUGCCACAAGUAUUGGCACAGGCUACAGAGAUCUUGUUUUUGAGGAUAGAUACCAUGAAUGUGGCUUGUUUUGAUAGAUUUGUGAACUGGUUCUCGUACCACCUGAGCAACUUCCAGUACCGCUGGUCGUGGGAGGACUGGGAAGGCUGCAGCCAGCUCGACGCCGACCACCCCAAGCCCCGCUUCAUCCGGGAGGUGCUCGGCAAGUGUCUCAGGUUAUCUUAUCAUCAGCGGAUCAAGGACAUGGCUCCGGAAUCAUUCUCAGCAUUGGUGCCCCUGAAACCCGAGCCGGUCUACAAAUACUCCAUGGAAGGCGCAGCAUCUCUACCGGGCACGGAAGCGGCUCAUCAACUAGUCGUGUGCGUGCGCAACAAAUGCACUCCAGAAGAGGCCCUUAACGUCCUCCGGGAGCUCCCCAACCCCCUGCGGGAGGGGGAGCAACCCGCGGCUGCGCAGGCGGCGCCCCACAACCCUCUCAAGAUAGACGUGUUUGUGCAAACCCUGCUCAACCUCGGCAGCAAGAGUAUCUCGCAUAGUUUUGCUGCUAUAUCAAAGUUCCAUUAUGUUUUUAAGAUUCUGGCAGAAUCCGAGGAGGCGCAAAUCUGCAUCCUGCGUAAUGUAUGGGAGCUCUGGCAGCGACACCCUCAGAUGGUUUGCGUGUUGGUGGACAAGAUGCUGAAGACGCAGAUAGUGGAGUGCAAUGCGGUGGCCACGUGGCUCUUCUCCAAGGAAAUGGCGACGUUCUUCACGCAUGCAUGUCUGUGGGAGGUGCUGCAUCUGACCAUUGACAAGAUGAACAAGCACGUUUCCAAACUGAGCGGUGAACUGCAACAGGCCAGGGAAGCGCUGGCCCGCGCCGACUCCAGCAGCUCAGACUCAGAGGACGAGGGCGGCAAGAAGAAGAAGGACCAGGACAAGCCCACAGAAGAGGCGGUCGAACGUAUGGAGGAGCGGCUGGAAGCGGCGCACAUGGACCAGAAGCGCCUGUUCCUGAUCGUGUUCCAGAGGUUCAUCAUGAUCCUGUCGGAGCACCUCGUGCGCUCCGACACGGACGCCAGGGACCCCGACACCUACUGGUACCGCAGCACCGUGGGCCGCCUCAGACAGGUCUUCUUGCAGCAUCACGAACAAGUUCAGAAGUACAGCAGUACGCUGGAGACCCUUCUGUUCACACAGGACCUGGACCCUCAUAUCCUGGACGUGUUCCAUCAGUUUGUGGCGCUCACGGCCUAGAGCGGUGGGAAAUAUGGGAAAAACGGGAAUCGCACGUGACCUCAACACUUUCGGGCAGUUUUAAUGUUGCUCAUAAAAUAUAACUGAUUGUGGUGACCUCGUGACAUAGAAA